UACAAGAGGCCAAGAGAGAGUAUGGAUAAGAAAUUGGACCUAUCCAGACUCUCAGAUGAGGAGGCCAAGCACGUGUGGGAGGUGAUCCAGAGGGACCUCGAACUUAGGAAGAAAGAAGAAACGAGACUCGGGGAGUUAAAGACUAAACUUGAGAAGGAGGGCACAAAGCGAGAGCUCCUGUGCACCCAGUCCAACUUCACUGCUUCACAUUGCAUACGCUGCCUGCAGCCCUUCAAGUUCCUAUUAAACAGGAAGCGCCAGUGUCUGGAUUGCCACCUCAACAUCUGCAAGACUUGUAGCCGCUACAGUACAAAAGAGCAUGGCUGGGUGUGUGAUCCAUGCCGAAUGUCCAGGGUCUUGAAAAUUGGAGCCCUGGGCUGGUAUCAUGACAAUGUACGCUCUCGCUUCAAGCGCUUCGGCAGCGCCAAGGUGAUGAGGUCGCUCCACAAGAGAUUACACGAAGAGGGUCGCCGUGACGAUGAUGUGCAAUCCGUGCCUGACGUCCACAAUGUGUACAAUGGCCAUAAUGAUGAGAAUAUGGAUGCAAUAGAAGCUCAGCGCUAUAAGCAGAUGCGAAAGAAAAAACGUUUACUCUCUGUCCACCCUAUGGACCUGGAAAUAGAUGAGCACGGCAGCCACUCCCGGCGACAUUCUGCACAGUAUGUCCAAGAUGAACAUGGAAUGCUGCGAAAUGAUUUGGAGUUCAGCACUGACAUGUACCAUCCCCAUCAUCACCUCAUGAAUCGGAGGAAGAGUCUGGAUCGUUUCUCACGUCCAGAUGAUGGCUUGUACUCUGAGCACAGGAUCGUACGUGCUCGCUCUCUAUCAAAGAUCUCUGCCUUACCACAACGCUCCUACUAUCUGGACACCUCAGAGGAGGAGGAUGUUCAUCGAUUUCCUGUCUAUCAACUCCCAACACGCCGUCGCAGCCGGGCCUCCUCCCAGGAAAACAUCACUCACAGCGCUCCUCCAAUUAAUGAACUGAAUAAGAGAAUGUAUGCCAUUGAGAGUCUCUUAAGUCGACUUGAGGAGAAGAUGACUGGAUCUAAUGAUCAGCAGGCACAAGCAACAGCAAAUCAGCUGGAGGAGGAGAAGCUAAAAAAGAAGCUAGAAGAGCUGAUGAGUGACAGAGCAAUGUCUUCAGAUGAGGAUGAGGCCAAGAAAGCCACUCAGUCUAAGGGGUCAGAUGUAAAAGGUUCUCAACACACUGAACAAGUAUCAUCAGUACAGGAAGCAGUCUAUAGCUCCUCUAGUGAUGAGAUGCCUACUGAAACCCAAAAGAGAUCCACUGCAGCGGCUCUAUGCGACAUCACAACCGAGGUUCUAAGAAUCAUUAAUGCCACAGAAAAUGCUAUGAGUGAGUUGGCCCCCUCAAACCCUAACGAGAGACCUCAGUUAGCAGACACAGAUGUAAAGCAAGCUGAUGCUGCUUACAGGGAGCUUGAGGAAAAUGUUUAUCUGACGGCAGGGAAGUCAUUUGACAUGGAGAAGAAGUUAAGGCAAAUCGAACAGCGUGCUAAGAAUAAUUAUACCGGCUUUCUUACCGACUCUGAGCUCUCUGAACUUGAAGAUCAGCUUGCAGCAACUGCUGCCAAAGUGCACAACACAGAGAGUGAGGUGUCAGACAUUGAGAAUAAAAUCGCUGUUCUUAGUGCAUCCGGACCAUCAAUAGAUAAAGCCAAGAAAAAGGCAUCAAGUCUACAAAAAACAAGAAAGUUCCAAGACAUGCCCAUAAAUAAAGUACAUUUUUAAACAUGAAGGAAGCACUUCUUAAAAAAUAAUUUUUUUCACACAACUGCUUUCCUUUAUCCUGCAAUGUAUAAAAAUGCAUGUGCUUCUACAGGUAUAAUCAUUA